AUGUCGACCUCAUUUUCUUCAAUCCCAUUAGUUGACUUUGGUCGGCUAAAGAACCCCCAAACGAAGGAGGCUGAGCUGGCGGUUCUUCGUGAUGCCAUCUUUCAUGUCGGAUUUCUCUAUCUUGUAAAUAACGGCGCCGAGGCUUUGAUCGAAGAGGCUCACGAGCGACUGCCCGAAAUCUUUGCCAUCUCCUCCAAAGACAAGAACCAUAUCGACAUGCUCAAAUCUCCGUCAUUCUUGGGCUACACGUCUUUGGGAAGGGAGACUACCGCCAAGGUCAUUGAUAUGAGAGAGCAAUUUGACUUUGGAUCAGAGUGCUCCGAAUACAAGGAUGGAGACCCAUUUUGGCAAAUGCUGGAAGGCCCAAGCCAGUUUCCCAAUGCAUCUGUGCGGGACCUGGUUCAGAGGUACAUGGGAGCCAUGGAAAGCGUGAGCAAGGAGUUUGUGGGCUUUGCUGCGGAAAGCAUUUCCCUCCCCAGAAAUACCUUUGAAAGCUUCAUUGGCAAAAUGUCACGGUUGAAGUUUGUCAAAUAUCCCCAAGCCCCGCCAGGUUCCCAAGGGGUCGGUCCUCAUAAAGAUUCCAUUGGUCUGUUCACAUAUCUGGCGCAGGACAAUGUUGGCGGUCUGCAGGUUCUCAACAAGUCUGGUGACUGGAUAGAUGCUCCACCCAUCAAGGGCAGUCUGGUCAUAAACAUCGCACAAGGAUUUGAAGCCAUCACUGGAGGAGUUUGUUCGGGAACCACGCAUCGUGUCAUAGCGCCGACGAGCUGUACACGAUAUAGCAUCCCCUAUUUCCAGGCCGUGAGGCUAGAUCUCAGGCUACAGGACCUUGAGCAAUCAGCUGCAAGCAUAGUCGCCAGGAUCCCCGUUUCCGAAGACAAGAAGAAGCGGGCAGUGGAUGUCCCGAGUGAACUGAUAUCUCCGCAAUACGCAUGUUUCAGAGAGGCGCAACUUCGAAAUCGUAUCUUCAGCCAUCCAGAUGUUGGGAAAAAGUGGUACCCAGGAUUGUUUGAGCAGUAUUCGCAGCAGCCGGUGGCGUGA